GGUAAAACCCACCAAUUUGGAACGCCCAUAUAUACGAAAUUACGAACAAACAAACUUCGGAGAGCUCCAAAUCAUAUUUCGAUUGGCAAAACCCUUUUUUUAUCGCGAGCACACGACUUCCUUCCGAUUUCGAUUUUUCUUCUUCGUUUCUGAUUAGUGAUUUUUGAAUAAUAACCUAAAGAUGUUUGGAAGAGGUGCCCCAAAAAAGAGCAAUAAUACGAGAUACUAUGAGAUAUUAGGUGUUCCGAAAACCGCUUCACAAGAUGAUCUCAAAAAGGCUUACCGGAAAGCCGCCAUUAAAAACCACCCCGAUAAGGGCGGUGAUCCUGAAAAGUUUAAGGAGGUAGCGCAAGCAUAUGAGGUACUGAGCGACCCAGAGAAGCGUGAGAUAUAUGAUCAGCAUGGUGAGGACGCCUUGAAGGAAGGAAUGGGUUCUGGACCUGGUGGUCAUGACCCCUUUGACAUCUUCCAGUCUUUCUUUGGCAACAGUCCUUUUGGUCCUAGUAAUACUAGCAGCAGAGGACGAAGGCAACGAAAAGGCGAAGACGUGGUCCAUCCUCUUAAAGUGUCUCUUGAGGAUCUCUAUAAUGGAACCUCCAAAAAGCUCUCUCUUUCACGCAAUAAACUCUGUAUUAAGUGCAAGGGAAAGGGUUCAAAGUCAGGUGCUUCCAUGACAUGUGGUAGUUGUCAAGGUUCUGGAAUGAAGGUGUCUAUCAGGCAUCUUGGCCCAUCUAUGAUCCAGCAAAUGCAACAUCCUUGUAACGACUGCAAGGGUACUGGAGAAGCCAUCAGUGAUAAGGAUCGAUGCCCGACUUGCAAGGGUGAGAAAGUGACACCAGAGAAGAAGCUUAUUGAAGUCCAUGUGGAGAAGGGCAUGCAGAAUGGACAGAAAAUUACCUUCCCUGGAGAGGCCGAUGAAGCUCCUGACACAGUUACUGGCGAUAUUGUAUUUGUUUUGCAACAAAAAGAGCACCCUAAGUUCAAGCGAAAGGGGGAUGACUUAUUCUUUGAGCACACAUUGAGCUUGACUGAGGCCCUUUGCGGGUUUCAGUUCAUCUUGACACAUUUGGAUAACAGACAACUUCUUAUCAAAUCUCAGCCUGGAGAGGUUGUUAAGGCUGAUUCUUUCAAGGCAAUAAAUGACGAAGGCAUGCCGAUGUAUCAAAGGCCAUUUAUGAAGGGUAAGCUGUACAUCCACUUCACUGUGGAAUUCCCUGAAUCUUUGUCCCCAGAGCAAUGCAAGAUGCUGGAGACGGUGCUGCCACCAAAGCCUUUGAUGCAAAUGACCGACAUGGAGCUCGAUGAAUGUGAGGAGACUACUCUCCAUGAUGUCAACAUUGAAGAAGAGAUGAGAAGGAAGCAGCAUCAACAACGAUCUCAAGAAGCAUAUGAUGAAGAUGAUGAGAUGCCUGGGGGAGCACAAAGGGUACAAUGUGCACAGCAAUGAUAAUUGGAAGGCUUUUUGGGUUAAGGUUGCUGGUUUAUAGGUGUGUUUUGUAAGGCAAUAAUGUCUUAGUGUAAUUUUCUUUUAUUGUUAUAUUGCUAUUUGUCUUGGGAACCUUUAAUAUGUAUGGAGUAUUCUAGUCAUUUGUUCUAGAAAGCCUUUUUUGCCUGUUAUGCAACAUCCUUCUUUUCUUA